UAUUUUCCUGACCUAUGAUGACGACUCAAGGAGGUUUGCAGCCGACAAGCAAUGAAGCUAAUAUGUGCACCAACGACAAUGGUAGCCAACUUGGUACACGGAUUGUGGACGAGAUUAUGGCCGGGAAGAACGUCUUCUUUGAUCUUCCUGACAAGUUGACUGGUGAGAUAUGGACCUUGAAAUUCCAUUGCAUUGGAGCACAGCCUGGAAAAGAAAUUGUCACAGUAAAUAUUGAUAAAGCUUAUGUUGCCUUUUACAACGUGGUGUACAUAAAAUCGAAACUUGGAUAUUCUGGGAGGGACUUCUUGUUUUACAAGAAACGAUGUGGCAUUGAUCGAUCCAGGCUAUUGGCACUUGAUUACAUCCACCAAGAAGAGGCCAUGCUGUCUGAUAACAUGGAUGAGAGAAAAAUAAGUUUUGUGCUCACAAAAGAUCCACCCAGUGAUCUAGAGGUAAGCAUAACUCCCAUCAAGCGUCCAAGGCAGCGAACAAAUGUUGAUGAAGAAACUAUAGAAGUGUCGAUUGAUGCAUAUAAGGAGUGGCUUGCAAUACUACAACAUGAUAAUCCAGAAAUGGAUUUAAUGGAUGACUUCAGGGAGGAUACGAUCAAAACAUAUAAAGAAUAG